AUCGUCGAAUAGCAAUUAUAGAUUAAGAUGUCGUAUAGCGAUAAUAAUCAUAAUUAUUAUGAUCCCAACCAGCAGGGCGCUCCUGCUGGUGACGGAUACUACCAACAACAGCCCUACGAUGAAGGUCAGCAACAGCAGGAUUUCUAUGAUCCAAACUCUCAGUACCAUCAGCAGCCAUAUGACAUGGAAGGCUACCAGGAUCCUAACGGAGCUCCAUAUGGCGGCCAGCCAAUGCAUCCUCAGGGAGGCUACAAUGCUGAUCCAGAAGCCUUUUCUGAUUUCAGCUAUGGUGGUCAAACCCCAGGCACUCCUGGCUACGACCAAUAUGGAACUCAAUAUACGCCUUCUCAGAUGAGCUAUGGCGGUGACCCAAGAUCGUCUGGUGCCUCCACACCUAUAUACGGCGGCCAGGGUCAAGGCUAUGAUCCAACACAGUUUCAGAUGUCGUCGAACUUGCCUUAUCCUGCCUGGUCAGCUGACCCACAGGCUCCAAUCAAGGUUGAGCACAUUGAAGAUAUCUUCAUUGACUUGACCAACAAGUUUGGGUUCCAGAGAGAUUCUAUGAGAAACAUGUUUGACUAUUUCAUGACGCUCUUGGACUCGAGAUCUUCGCGUAUGUCGCCAGCACAGGCUCUUUUGAGUUUGCAUGCCGAUUAUAUCGGUGGGGAAAACGCCAACUACAGAAAGUGGUUCUUCGCCUCGCAACAGGACUUGGACGAUUCGCUUGGUUUUGCCAACAUGAAUUUGGGUAAAAUCGGCAAAAAGGCCAGAAAGGCUUCUAAAAAGUCCAAGAAGGCCAGAAAGGCUGCUGAAGAACACGGUGAAGAUAUCGACGCCUUGGCCAACGAGUUGGAAGGCGACUAUUCUUUAGAAGCUGCUGAGAUCAGAUGGAAGGCCAAGAUGAACUCAUUGAGUCCAGAAGAAAGAGUCCGUGACAUUUCGCUUUAUUUGUUAUUGUGGGGUGAAGCUAACCAGGUUCGUUUUACUCCAGAAACCUUGUGUUACAUCUACAAGACAGCUAAGGACUACUUGUUGUCACCAGCCUGCCAACAGAGACAGGAACCAGUACCAGAGGGUGACUACUUGAACCGUGUCAUUACUCCUUUGUACCGUUUCCUCAGAUCGCAAGUUUAUGAAAUCUACGAAGGUAGAUUCGUAAAGCGUGAAAAGGACCACAACAAAAUUAUUGGCUACGAUGACGUCAACCAGUUGUUCUGGUACCCUGAAGGUAUUUCCAGAAUCAUGUUUGAAGAUGGUACGAGAUUGGUAGAUAUUCCUCAGGAAGAACGUUACUUGAAGUUGGGCGAAGUCGAAUGGAGCAAUGUCUUCUUCAAGACCUAUAAAGAAAUCAGAACCUGGUUGCAUUUCGUCACUAACUUCAACAGAAUCUGGAUUAUACACGGAACCGUCUACUGGAUGUACACUGCCUACAACUCGCCUACAUUAUACACUCAACACUACAUUCAAACCAAAGACCCACAACCAACAGCUUCUUCCAGAUGGGCUGCUGCUGCUAUUGGAGGUGUUAUUGCUUCGGCUAUCCAGAUUCUUGCUACCAUCUUCGAAUGGAUGUUUGUCCCUAGGGAAUGGGCCGGUGCUCAACAUUUGACUCGUCGUUUGUUGUUUUUGCUUUUGAUCUUCUUUCUCAACUUGGCUCCUGUUGUGUUCACCUUCUACUGGGCUGGUUUAUCUGCAAUUUCAAAGACUGCUCAUGUUUUGUCGAUUGUGGGCUUUUUCAUUGCCAUUGCUACCUUGGUAUUUUUCGCUGUUAUGCCAUUAGGAGGAUUGUUCACCUCCUACAUGAACAAAAGAUCCAGAAGAUAUUUGUCUUCGCAAGCUUUCACUGCCAACUUCAUUAAAUUGAGAGGCUUGGACAUGUGGAUGUCUUACUUGUUAUGGGUAUUGGUAUUCCUUGCAAAGUUGCUUGAAUCGUAUUUCUUCUUGACCUUGUCGUUGAGAGACCCUAUCAGAAUCUUAUCUACCAUGACCAUGAGAUGUACUGGUGAAGUCUGGUUCAAGGACAAGUUGUGCAAACACCAGGCUAAGAUUGUCUUGGGCUUGAUGUAUCUCGUAGACUUAUUAUUAUUCUUCUUGGAUACCUACAUGUGGUACAUCAUCUGUAACUGUGUUUUUUCCAUUGGUCGUUCCUUCUACUUGGGUAUUUCCAUCUUGACUCCUUGGAGAAAUAUCUUCACCAGAUUGCCCAAGAGAAUCUACUCGAAGAUCUUGGCCACUACAGAGAUGGAAAUUAAGUACAAGCCUAAGGUGUUGAUCUCGCAGAUUUGGAAUGCUAUUGUUAUUUCCAUGUACAGAGAGCACUUGUUAGCUAUAGAUCAUGUCCAGAAGUUAUUGUACCACCAGGUUCCUUCUGAAAUUGAAGGCAAGAGAACCUUGAGAGCUCCUACUUUCUUUGUCAGUCAGGAUGACAACAACUUUGAGACAGAAUUCUUUCCUCGUAACUCUGAAGCCGAAAGAAGAAUUUCGUUCUUUGCCCAGUCGUUGGCUACUCCUAUCCCUGAACCUUUGCCAGUCGACAACAUGCCAAGUUUUACAGUUUUCACACCUCACUAUUCGGAAAAGAUCUUGUUGUCUUUAAGAGAAAUCAUCAGAGAAGACGACCAGUACUCGAGAGUUACCUUAUUGGAAUACUUGAAACAGUUACAUCCUGUCGAAUGGGAGUGUUUUGUCAAUGAUACAAAGAUAUUGGCGGAAGAAACAGCUGCUUAUGAAAAUGGGGAUGACGCUGAGAAGUUGUCUGAAAAUGGUUUGAAGUCCAAGAUUGACGACUUGCCAUUUUAUUGUAUUGGUUUCAAGUCUGCUGCUCCGGAAUAUACCUUGAGAACUAGAAUCUGGGCCUCAUUGAGAUCGCAAACAUUGUACAGAACUGUUUCUGGUUUCAUGAACUACGCCAGAGCAAUCAAGUUAUUGUACAGAGUGGAAAAUCCAGAGUUAGUACAAUACUUUGGAGGAGAUCCAGAAGGUUUAGAGUUAGCUUUGGAAAAGAUGGCCAGAAGAAAGUUUAGAUUCUUGGUUUCGAUGCAAAGAUUGUCCAAGUUCAAGGACGAUGAAAUGGAAAAUGCUGAAUUUUUGUUGCGUGCUUAUCCCGACUUGCAAAUCGCCUACUUGGACGAGGAGCCUCCUUUGAACGAAGAAGAAGAACCAAGAGUGUACUCCGCUUUGAUGGACGGCCACUGUGAGAUGUUGGAAAACGGCAGAAGACGCCCUAAGUUUAGAGUGCAAUUGUCUGGUAAUCCUAUCUUGGGUGACGGUAAAUCUGAUAACCAGAAUCACGCAAUCAUCUUCCACAGAGGUGAGUACAUUCAGUUGAUCGAUGCUAACCAGGACAACUACUUGGAAGAGUGUUUGAAGAUCAGAUCUGUUUUGGCCGAGUUCGAAGAAUUGAAUGUAGAGUACGUAAACCCAUACGCUCCCAACUUGAAGUCCGACGAAUCCAAGAAGAAGGACCCCGUAGCCAUAUUGGGUGCUAGAGAGUACAUUUUCUCCGAGAACUCAGGUGUGUUAGGUGAUGUUGCUGCUGGUAAGGAACAGACUUUCGGUACUUUGUUCGCCAGAACCUUGGCUCAGAUUGGUGGUAAAUUGCAUUAUGGUCAUCCUGAUUUCUUGAAUGCUACCUUCAUGUUUACCAGAGGUGGUGUUUCGAAGGCCCAAAAGGGUUUGCAUUUGAACGAAGAUAUCUACGCUGGUAUGACUGCCAUGUUGAGAGGUGGUAAGAUCAAGCACUGUGAGUACUACCAGUGUGGUAAAGGUAGAGAUAUGGGUUUCGGAUCCAUCUUGAAUUUCACCACCAAGAUUGGUGCUGGUAUGGGUGAACAGAUGUUGUCGAGAGAAUAUUACUAUUUAUCUACUCAGUUGCCAUUGGACCGGUUCUUGUCAUUUUACUAUGGACAUCCAGGUUUCCACAUUAACAAUCUUUUCAUUCAGUUGUCUUUGCAAGUUUUCAUUUUGGUAUUGGCCAACUUGAGUUCUUUGGCCCACGAAUCGAUCAUAUGUUACUACAACAGAGACUCUCCUAUCACCGACAUCAUGUUCCCAUUCGGCUGUUACAACUUGUCUCCAGCUGUUGACUGGACCAGACGUUAUACAUUGUCAAUUUUCAUUGUCUUUUUCAUUUCCUUCAUUCCUUUGGUUGUGCAAGAAUUGAUCGAAAGAGGUGUCUGGAAGGCAUUCCAAAGAUUCGUUCGCCACUUUAUCUCAUUGUCACCAAUGUUCGAAGUCUUCGUUGCCCAAAUCUACUCUUCCUCGGUUUUCACUGAUUUGACUGUAGGUGGUGCUAGGUAUAUUUCUACAGGUAGAGGGUUUGCAACUUCCAGAAUUCCAUUCUCGAUUUUGUACUCUCGUUUCGCUGACUCUUCCAUCUAUAUGGGUGCCAGAUUGAUGUUGAUCUUGUUGUUUGGCUCUGUUGCACACUGGCAGGUUCCAUUGUUAUGGUUCUGGGCCUCAUUGUCUUCUUUGAUGUUCUCGCCAUUUGUAUUCAACCCCCAUCAAUUCGCCUGGGAAGACUUCUUCAUUGACUACCGUGACUUCAUUAGAUGGUUGUCGAGAGGUAACACCAAGUGGCACAGAAACUCGUGGAUUGGAUAUGUCAGACUUUCAAGAUCGCGUGUUACCGGUUUCAAGCGUAAAUUAACUGGUGACGUGUCUGAAAAGGAUGCUGGUGACGCUUCGAGGGCUCACAGAUCCAAUAUCUUGUUUGCUGACUUCAUCCCAACUCUUAUCUAUACCGCUGGUCUUUUCGUCGCCUACACCUUUAUUAAUGCUCAAACUGGUGUUACUAAAUACUCAUUUGACGUUGACGGUUCAAAAGACGUCCUGCCUGUCAACUCUACCCUUAGAGUUGUCAUCUGUGCUUUGGCUCCAGUGGUUAUUGACAUGGGUAUCUUGGCCGUCUGCGUUGGAUUGGCUUGUUGUGCUGGUCCUUUAUUGGGAAUGUGCUGCAAGAAGACAGGUGCUGUCAUUGCUGGGGUUGCACACGGUGGUGCUGUCAUUGUUCACAUUGUCUUCUUCAUCGUGAUGUGGGUAUUGGAAGGUUUUGUAUUUGCCAGAAUGUUAUUGGGUUUUGCUACUAUGAUCUAUAUUCAGAGACUAUUGUUCAAAUUCUUGACCUUGUGCUUCUUGACCAGAGAAUUUAAACACGACAAAGCCAACACCGCUUUCUGGACUGGUAAGUGGUACGGUACUGGUAUGGGCUGGAUGGCAUUCACUCAACCAGCUCGUGAAUUCUGUGCUAAGAUCAUUGAAAUGUCUGAGUUUGCGGGCGACUUCGUCUUGGCUCAUAUCAUAUUGUUCUGCCAAUUGCCUAUUUUGUUCAUUCCAUUAGUUGAUAGAUGGCACUCUACGAUGUUAUUCUGGUUGAAGCCUUCCAGGUUGAUUAGACCUCCAAUCUACUCUUUGAAGCAAGCAAGAUUGAGAAAGAGAAUGGUCAGAAAAUACUGUUCUUUGUACUUUUUGAUUUUGGUUAUCUUCGUUGUUAUUAUUGCAGCUCCAGCUGUUGCAGGCCUGAAGCUUCCUAAAUCGCUCGGUACUAAUAUAGAUAUUUCAUUUGCCAAGGGUUUGUUCCAACCAAGAAAGGUUGACAACAAUGACACAGGUCCAAACAGACCAAAACAUUACACUUGGCCAGCAUAUUUGUCCAACAAGAGUCAGGCAACUCACAAUUACACCACUAAGGCCUUUUAGAUCAUCCCACAAAUUGGAAAAGUCAAUCAUUUUGGUGAUGUUAAUUGACCGAUUACUGCUACAUUAUUUUCACCAAUUACUUGAGUGUGUAUUUAUACAACUUUUAUAUACUUUUGUUUACAUUUGAAUUCAGGUUUAUUUUACGAU